AUGAGUUCAUUUAAAGCUUUAAUGUUGUAUGUUGAUCGUGAUGCUUAUGUUGAUGAAAAGGAUCUGCUUGCAAAUGACCCAAUCGUCCGAAGUGUUGGUGGUGCGACGUUACUCAUUUAUUUCGUCGCUGUUAUUGUUGGCAUUCCAGCCAACGUUUAUGUGCUCUUUCGUAUGCAACGUUUAGCGAGAAAUGACGGUGAACGAUAUCGAAGUGGUACUGGAGUUGCGUUAUGCUCAAUGGCUGCAGCUGAUCUCUGUUCUCUUCUUUUGAUUCUUGCUCAGAACUUAAUGCAGAUGAGUCCACAAAUCGAUGACGACACUAUUUUUAUGGGUGUUGUUUGUAAGUUGAUGUUGUUCUGUACACAUACAGUAACUGGUAUCUCGAUAUGGUCAUGGUUAUUAUUAUCAACGUUGCGUUACCUCGCUGUACGACAUCCAUUAUUUCAUAUGCGCAUCUGGCGAAUGCCGUAUCGAGCACUUGCUUUUAUCGUGCUAAUGUCAUUGGCAUUGAAUGCAUGGUUAUUGAUAGCGGUGCAUUCCACACCGUUUGGAUGCACACAAUUACCUGUGUUCGAUUCACUGAAAUUUAAUCGCAUGUUUCAUAUCGUCGAAAGUAUAUGGUCCUUUUGUGUACCUUUCAUUAUGAUCAUCUUCAUGGAUGCUUCCGUUCUACUCAAGAGCAAGUUGGUUACGUUGAAAUAUUAUCAAAAUUUCAUUGACACUCCGUUUUCUUUCCGAUUACUCUGCUUAUCAUUUCCCUCAUUGCUGCGAUCAAAACCGAAAAGAAAAGCCAUUGCAAAAGCGGUUAUUAUUAAUGUUCGCAGCAGUUCACUUCAUGCCAAGCAGCGCCAUUCACGAUUUCUAUGGAAAUGGCUCGCUAUAGCGUUGAUUUGUAUUAUUUUAAACACACCGGAAAAUCUGUAUCGUUUGGUGAUGUUAUUUGGAAUGCCGGAGGUACACGAAGAGGCAUUACAUUUUGCAGCCAGGAUGCUUGCACAAGCACUUUAUUUUAGUCAGUUCGCGUUCAACGCCGUUUAUUUGGCAGUAUUUGUUUUCGAUAAAUCAACAAGACCGAAGGGUUCAUUCGAAGUGAGUACGAACUGUAACUGUUCCCUACUUCAAUCUUGUAAGAUUUGUAAAUAUUAA